ACAUAAAUAUAUCAACAAGAUGGCGAUAUAACAUCUGAUAAACUAAGCCUUUAUAAUAAACAUAACUGUUUACCUUUAAAAUGAGCGAACAAACUUCAUAUGUUGUUUAUUUUUUACCCCAAAAAAUUCAAAAACGAAGAUAUGAAGUUAUGAUUGCUUCCGCUAAGAAGAAAGGCCUUAAUUUAGUGUCAUCUUUUAGUGAUCGAGUAACCCACCUAGUUACCGACCUAGAUAAAUGGGAAAAUAUUGAAAAAGCUCUUCAAGAAAAAAAUACGAAUAGAGAUGUUACAGUUUUAAAAUCAGAAUGGCUAAGUCGAUGUCUCAAAGAGGGGAAAUUUAGUGACCCAAUAAACAGCGAAGUUCUUCAAAUCAGACCCGUAGCAUUGGAAUCUCAAGACUCCGGCAAGAAAGAAGCAAUCGUUAAAGAAUACGCUUGCAUGAGAAAAACACCUCUAAAGUCAAAAAACCCAGACAUAGUGAGCGCUUUGGAAACUCUUUCUGAGAAUGCUUUCUUUCACGAUGACGAAGCGAGGAGAUUAGCAUUUCAAAAGGCGGCGGGAGUUAUUAAGAGCUUAAAUUUCAAAAUUAAAAAUAUUAAUCAGGUUAAAGGUCUCCAUGAUGUUGGUAAACAUUCUCUAGAAGUAAUAAAGGAUAUCAUCGAAGAGGGAAGUUCCAUUGAGGUCGAAAAUAUUAUAAACGAUCCAUGGUUUCACCAAAUGAAAGCUUUUCAAAGUAUAUACGGGGUUGGACCAUCGAAAGCCAAAAAGUGGAUUGCCCAAAAUGUGUUUACGAUAGACGACCUAAUUGAGAGAACAGACUUGCAUUCUUCAUUUGAUCAUAGAAUGGAAUUGGGAAUAUCUUUUUACAAAGAUCUAAACACUCAAGUAACAAAGCAGCAUGCUUUAGCUAUUAAGAAUUUGAUACAACAACAUCUUGAAGAGAUACUUCCUGGAUGUAUUCUUGUUCUAGCAGGAGGUUUCCGCAGAGGUAAAGCCAGCGGUCACGAUGCGGAUAUUCUAUUAACACAUCCCAUAGAGGGCAAAGAAAUCGGUUUACUUCCUAAAUUAUUAAAUCUACUCAGUGAUUCCGGAUUGGUGCUACACGGAACUAUGGAAACGGGACACAACAAUCCUCAAACAAUUAUGAAAGAUAAGGGAAAGCCAUUAGCUUCGAAUGUUGAUCAUUUUGACAAAUGGAUAGGAAUUAUGAAGAUAGAUAAAAAUCUGAAGGAUUUAGACUCUUCUGAUAAUGAAAAUGAUCUUAUACAACUGGAACAAAACUCUUUAACGGAAACCAGUAUAGAAACGAAAAAAGGGAGGCUAUCUAAAAAGCGAUCCUUUGUACAGACCUUAGAUAACAACGAAGAUUUUGCUAGAGAUACAAAGAAAAAAUUGGCUAGUAAUUCUAAAAUGUCAUUCGAACAACUUUUAGCCUUAUCGUCUAAAGAUAAGCAGUGGGUUGCUAGAAGAGUUGAUAUCAUUGUAGUUCCCGUUAGUCAAUUCUUCUAUGCUUUAGUGGGAUGGACAGGGAAUAAAUGGUUCAAUAGGUCACUAAGACUGUAUUCGCAAAGAGUUUUAGGUUUAAAAUUAACAAGUCAUGGUCUAUUUGAUCUAAAUAGGGGAACUUCUCUUCCAGCCAAUAGCGAACAUCAAGUAUUCGACAAUUUAAAAUUGGAAUACAUAGAACCAACUGAUAGAAACUGCUAA